AAAAAAAAAUCUAGCAUACUUCACUACUGUCUUACUUGCUUCAUCCAUACAGUCUGUUCUUUGCCACCUUAAUUAGCUAUUGAAUCUUCUUUAAUGCAGACCAUUCAUUUUGUAAUUAUGUAGCACUGUAGUGAUUAGUGAGGGAAAAUAGUGUGUGCCAGCAAGGAUUGAUGUAGUAUAAUCUUUGACUUUCUGUUGCCUUAUUUCACUGAUAUAGCAGCUUAGUGAUAUAAGCUGAUAUAAGGACUCAGAUUUGCUUUCUCUAAUUCCUAUAACUGCCUGUGUUCUCCAAGUGACUUUAAAUAAGAGGUGUUGCCAAACUGGCAAUUGUAUCACUUAAAUUAAUAUGAGAUAAUCUAAUUUACAGAUUACUGUUGCUUGGAAUUUGGGGCUAUUAUAAAUACUUGCUGUUGCACUUUCCUAUCAAAUAAUCCUGGGUACAGUGUGCUAUUAUAUUAAAAAGUUCAGGCCUUAUUAUAUUAUAAUCAAAACUUUGGAACCAAUUUUUAAUGGCAAAUUUGCUUGCAUAUGCAAUGGCUUUUAUUGCAGUCUUGUUGUAAUAAGGGUCCCUUGUCAGAAUUUUGUUACUAUAGUGUAACGUGGUGUUUGUAGGAAAUUGAUUCUUUUAUCAGGUCAUCUGCAGCUUGCAAACAUUCAGUUCUAACCAUGAAAGAGAAGCUUGCUUGCUUGAGUGUGGAGAUUCAUGUUGGUUCAUGCCAUCUGCACAAAAACAGCUUCAGGCACUUUUUAUAUAAUAAAUUUCCUUAGUUUUUGGUUAGAAUUUCUAUAGACACAUCUGGCCACUUUGACAGUUGCACUUUUACAUUCAGGAUAAUGCUAGGAUUCUUGAGCAUUAAUCCAGUUGUGAAUAUAAUGCUGCUGAACUAAGUCUGGGAGUAAAAUAAAGCCACUUCAUAAUGGAACAGCACUUUGUCUGGUGUGAAUUUCUUGCAUGCUUCAUUUAGAAUUGAGCAUACCGUGUUUUCCCGAAAAUAAGACCCUCUCUUAUAUUUUUUUGAACCCUGAAAUAAGUGCUUGGCCUUAUUGCUAUGCGCUCAAAAGCCUGAUUGGGCUUAUUAUCAGGGGAUGUCUUAUUUUGGGGGAAAAAGAGUACUAAUGUUCUGUCCAGCGAUGACAUUUGAUUGGCCUUUAAAAAUAAUUGUUUUAAAGGGUAAAGGGCUUUAUAAAAUAUUUUAUCAAGAUAAAAACUCAGUGGAACAAUCUACUGAAUUACAGACUAGCCAAUCUCCUUUAAACCUGUAAACAUGAGUAAAUCAUGAUUCAGUUAACUUGACAUUAUGUGCAUUAAGUGCAACAUGAGAUAGCAAUUCUAUCAAGCACAGCCUCUUCCAUUGUGUAUUUUAAUAAUUAGUUUGCUUAAUUGGGGUUUACUGAAUAAGUCACCAUUAUCUGGGCACACAGAAAGACUCUGAACCAUUAAUUACAGUGGUUGAGAUCCAUAUACUAAGCCAAAACAAUCUCUUAUAAUUAGGACAUUGCGUGAACCUAGGAAAAAGUGAUAGUGGGGAAAGCAUAAGAAAUUAGAGUAGAAUUGACUGGUUUGUUUGUUUGUUUGCAUUUAUAUCCCGCCCUUCUCCGAAGACUCAGGGCGGCUUACACUAUGUCAGGCAAUAGUCUUCAUCCAUUUGUAUAAUAUAUACAAAGUCAACUUAUUGCCCCCCAACAAUCUGGGUCCUCAUUUUACCUACCUUAUAAAGGAUGGAAGGCUGAGUCAACCUUGGGCCUGGUGGGACUUGAACCUGCAAUAUUGCAGGCAGUUGCUGUUAAUAACAAGUUUCUAUACAAGUAGUCUUGAAGAGAGAGAGGUUUGUAUGAGACUUCCGUAUCUUUCAUGGCAUAAUCUAGAAACGCUUAAUAAAUCCUGCUUGGAAAAAGUUAACACACAAUGUGUUCUUGAUAAGACAGUCUAAACUCUAGGGAUUACCAAACAAAAGUCCAUAGUUACUACCAUACUCUGCAAUAUUUGAAGUGCUUUUCUCACAUAAACUAUGAAUUAGGUUAAAAAACCAGGAGCCUGGGUCUGUAAUUAUUUUGGUCCUUUAGAAUGAUCAACUCGAAUUUUGUAGGAUGUUAUUAGGGUGCAAUUCCAUUUUAUGGCUUCUAUCCAGGCUAACUUUUUGAUUGUGACAUCUUGUUCCUAAGUCUUAACUUAGCAUGAGAUAAGCAAUGCACACAUUGGUUCAAAGGCACCAUUCCUUGUUAAAAUGUCCCUUUUAAUAACAGCUAAUCAAUGUGCAUUUACAAUCAACAAUGUGGCAGAAAGGGAAGCAGGUUGUUACACAGUUAGGUAUUGUUAUGGAAAAACAGCAAUGAACCUGAAUGAAAAAAAAAAAAUUCUGCCAUCUCAACCAGCUUAGAUUCAGACAAACUCGUCCAGCAUGACUGCACCCUUGCAUAAAUACUUUAUGUUCCAAAAAGUGUAUUUUUCUAUAUUAUACAAUAUUAAAAUAUUAAUAUAUUUCUACCUCAGUCAUAGCUGCAUGAACCGAGAUUGACAUGAAUAAGUUGUUGUCAUCCUUUACUUCCUCGGAAAUAUGUCCUGUGUAGAGUUGAUUUGAAAAAUAGUUUCAUUUUUAGCUUCUGUCUUACAUUUAGCACAACAAAUAGUAACUGUAACAAAUUUCUAAUUCUGCAUUAAAUGUGGAAAAAAGCCAAAUUCUCCAAAAGGCAUGUUAAGAAAUAUAAUAUAUGCCAGUAGUAUGAAUGGUCUCUGAGAAUCUUAGAAAUGUCCUCAGGGAAUGCUAAAAGUUAUCAAAUGCCUUAUUUAAUGCAAUGUAAGAUUACAUACAUACAUAAAAUAAUGGGAAAUAAUUCCAAUGUUAUUUAAAUGCAAAAUAAACAAAAUCAGUUUUAGGUGUUCUCCUGGGUUCAAUCUUUGUGAAAUGUAGCCUCCAGCAUGUCCUUAAAGCAGUGUUUUUCAGUGUUAAUGACUUUAAGACAUGUGGACUUCAACUCCCAGAAUUCCCCAGCAUGAGAAGCUCUGCCUUGAAGCCAAAUGGUGCCUAAUUCUUAAAAAAGGGGGAUAGUCCUUAUUCUAACUAAACCAGAGGUGGGUUGAGCAAGAAUGAAAAUGACAAACUGAUGGUUCACAGCAGCUGGUGAAAUGAACCAGCAGAUGAAACCUCCCCCUGCUCUGCAAUUGCACUAACUUCCUGUUGAAAAAAAAAAUAAGGGAACAUUCUCUUAAAGUGGAUGAAUCCUGCACCGUAGAGUGCCCUAAUUGCUCUUUUUAUUGACAGGUAAGUUUUCUUAAGAGUUCAGCCAGGGUUAAAUUUCAAGUUAUGCUUCAUUUCUGACUUGGCUGAGAAGGCGUUGUUGUUUUUUUAAAUUGAAGUUAGAUUUUAUUUUAAUGGUGGAAAUUGGGUCUGAGUUCAUACAUAGCUUUAAGCCAUAAUGUGUUUUGACUGGUUUUGGUUUAGCAUGUGACAUAAAGUAAGUUACAGUAGAUUGGAAUUUCUGCUUUAUGACUGAAUGAACUCAGCUAAGUUCUUGACUUAUUUUAGAAUCUGUAAUUAAACAAACUAUGGCUUAACAUCUGUGAACCCAGUCUCUGAAACUAAGUUGCUUCCAAAAACAACGCAGCGUAUCAAAAUGCACUGGCUUUUUCUUAUUGUGCCUCUUUUCACAAACUGAAAUCUCAUCAGGCAGUUGUUAAAAGCACAAAAUGCCUAUAAAACACAAUGCCUAUAAGAGACAACAUAUGUAGCUCUUAAGAUUUUCACUAACUGAUUUUGGAAUACAGUUAGCCCAAAAUCUCCAGCAGCCAAUGUAGGAAAAAAGUGCAUAUGUUAUUUGCUUCUGGCAUGUAAUAAACUCAUGUAGAACAUAUUUGUCAAGGUGGACACUAUAUGGGGCAGACAGUUGCUCACUAGGCUGCAACUGGUAAUAGCACUUAGAGAGAGAGAGAGAGAGAGAGAGGUGGGCUACAGAAAAUGAGCUUGGCAGUGUGUUACAUGGACUGAGGCCCACAGAUGGAUUCUUGAGAAUUUCUGUUUUUAAAAGCUAUGUUAAUCAUGUUUUAUAGCUUACUUUAGUGUUUAUGAUUCUUCCUUAAAAAUGGUAGGAGAGAGUAUAUUUUUCCUCUUGCAGUUCUUCUUGAUCCAUCAGCUAGAAAAGGUGGUGUACUGAGCACAGAACUUUCUGCAAACUAUAUACGUACUACAGCCUCCCCACACCUGGCAGCUGGUCAUUUUAAAUAUAUUUUAUCAUAAGCCACAAAAAUCUUGGUGGGUAGGAAAUAAAAAUGUCUACGGGCUAUAAAUAUUGUUGAUCUAUUGUCUGAGCUUGGCGCUUAGUUACAGCCAAAUUAGAACCAGGAAGUUAGAAAUUAGAGAUCAGAUAUUAUGAAAAUAGUUCCUUAAGAAAACAGAUCACUCAUAUAAAGGAUAUUUUCUUCUGUCCAGGUGCGCGAAAUCUACUGGCAGUCUUAGGUAGCCAAUCUCUUCAGAACACAGGAAUGUUUACUAGAUCAGGAAAUUUUUGCAGCUGUCCACACUGAAGUAUGUAAAUCUUUAUUCCUGGUUCUAAUUCCUAUAACCUUUGGGUGAGUUUAAUUUAAAAAUGUUUCAAUUAACAAGCAAAUGCACUGAUACUGUACACCUGGAACAACCUACUUUGAUCAGUUACCCAUGCUUGGAUUUAUACAAUACCUUAGACCAGGGGCGUCAAACUUAUGUCAUCACAGCGUCGUCGUGUGAUGUAUCAUGACUUUCCUCCCUUCACUAAACUGGGUGUGGGCAUGGCCAGUGUGUGACGCAUCCAGCCUAUAGGAUGCCUUAGACCAGUGUUUCUAUGACUCAGCAAUUUCAAGUUAUGUAGAUUUCAACUCCCAGAAUUCCAUAGCCUGUGUGCUAGCUGGUAAAUUUUGGCAUUUGAAGCCCCCUCCCUUCUUGAAAUUGCUGGGUUUGAGAAAUGCUUCCCUAAAUUACUCUGGGAUUCUUCAGAUUGAAGUUCCGAAUUAUUUGAAUUCAGCCAGCUGAAAAAAUUCAUUUGUGGUUUAGUGUGUUAUAUGAGCUAUGCUUCAAUUAACCAAGGCUUAAUUUGUUGUACAAAAGUUCGUGAGUGAAAUGUUAGUGCAGUUAAAUAUUAAUACUGUGCCACAUGUGUCUCUUAUGUCAAAAUAAUAAGACUACUUGUAAACAUUAAGGAUAAAUACCCUCCCCACCCAAUCAAGCUGUCAACCAUGUUCAAGUAGAGAAUAUCAGCUAAUGGCAGAACAUUUAGACUUAGUUUCUGGGAGCAAGUAGAAGCCCCUGUGAAAACCUACUUAGAAGAAGGGCUAUUUAAUUAUGGAAAAGAACUGGGAUUGAUGAAAAAAAGAAGUUUUCCACGAUCUGAUCUGCAGGUAAAGUGAACCUUUUAGUUACUCUGUUUUAGUGUGAUUAAGGAGUUCAAUAAUGAAUGAGCAAAUCUUGAUAAAAAUUCAAAUGUCAGUUCUUUUGUGAUACCUGCCACUUUUCUUUCAUUUUAUUUCAUAGGUGGCCUUAGAGAGGGUGGAGAUCAAGGAGUUGAAGUCCACAUAUCUUCAACCUUGCUAAGGUUGAGAAACCUUAGACCAGGGGUAGUCAACCUUUUUUAUACCUACCGCCCACUUUUGUAUCUCUGUUAGUAGUAAAAUUUUCUAACCGCCCACUGGUUCCACAGUAAUGCACCAUGUAUCAUCGUCUGCGUAUGCCUCUUGCGCAUCGUGGAUUGGGUUUGGGAGGAGUUGCUGGCUACCAGUUCUGCUUGUCUGUUACAGCUGGGUGAUAUGGGGGGAGAUGCACGAACUAUUCUGGGACGAAGCUGUUUUGUUUGCGGUUGCACUACAGCGCCAUUUAGUUUCACUUACGUAACGUGAACUAAACUUAUGCACGGGUGAUACAAAUAUUAUAUUUUCAAAAAUUUAAAUUGUCAUGGGGAAUUUUAUGAAAACCUAAUGAAAAUGUUUUUAAAUAAUGUUAUGAAUUUUUUUUAAAAAGUCAAUUAAAUUAAAAAAAAAGGAAAGUGCUUUAGUAUCAGACAAAACCCCUACUGCCCACCAUGAAAGCUGGAAUGCCCACUAGUGGGCGGUUGACUACCACUGUAGUAGCUCCACGAUACUGUACUCAGCCACAUGAAUAUGUGGCAUGAUUUCAUUUGUUUAUUUGCAGGGCAGUUUUGGGGCUCGCAGUUCUUGAUAACAAAGGAAGAGGAAGACAGCUCUGAUGAAAGCAACUUCAAACUUGUCCCUGGAGGAAAUUAAUAGUGAAGAGAAAAAACAUUUUGAGUCUUUCAUUAACCAACUGGGAGCUGAUAAUGUCUUUGAAAAGUAAGAACAAUAUGAUAGUUUUACAUAUGUUUCAUACUGAUUCUGACAGUUAAAUAGAAGCAGAAUGGGAACUGGUGAAAGAGAAAUGGAUUUGAUACAAAUCAACAGGUUAAAUUAAUAUAAGGGCCUUAAAGGUAGAAGGUGAUAUAGGUGAUCACAUAAGUUUUAAAGGAAAGAUGGCUGAUGAAGAUCUUAUCUGCAUCCAUUUUGCAAGACAUCUAUAAAUUCCUUGAUUGUGUCCUUGAAAUCCUUGGGUUUUGGCCAUGGAAUUUUAGCUAAUGAAAAUGCAAAAUUAAAUUUCCCUAUGCACCUGAAAAAUAAAGCACCAGAAAAAUAAAGCACCAUGACAAAGAUCCACUAUAGAAAGGACAGACAAAAACAAGACUUGUGGCAUUUCAUUUUUUUUUGUUUACUAGAACUUCCAAGUUCCAUCAAUCAGGUGUAAAAUCUGUUUCUGAUUUUCCAGCAAAAUUAGUUUUAGCUGCUUAGUUUAGCAUAGGUAGAAAUCUUUUCUUUGCUUAUGUAACUCCUCUUGCCCUCAAUCCCUAGAUACAGUAUCCCAUUUAUCUUCAUAGGUAUUCCUCUGCCUCUUUACAGCAUAUUUUGCAGCUGUUAUCUCCAGCUGUGUGGAACACCAAGUACCAGCAGCAAGCAUUACACUUGUCAAUUGAUGUGAUUGAAACCAAGUUAGCAUAUAUAUUAGUAUAUCUCAUUUACCCAGAUCUUUUGUGGUUUACCUGUAAAUGAAUCACUUCCAAGACAAUUUAUAUGGAAAUAUGGAUAUUUCAAUAUUGGCAAUAGAAACGUUUCAGCCUUAAUGCACAUUUUCAUGCUGAUUUAUUCAUGUUCAACUAGCACUAGAAUAAGCUAAAAUAAUAAAAGCCAUUAAACCAGAAUAUUGACCAGGAAGCAAUAAAUUCUGCUCUUAUUAUAGCAAGUCAGAAAUCUGGAAGAUCUGGGUGCAGCUCUGGGAAGCAGAACCACAUCUGCUGGGAAAUCUGAAGGAGUUCUUGGCUAAAAUGACACACUUGAUCAAGGAAGCUAAGCAUGAAAAAGAGAAGAUACAGUUACUACUGAAAAUACAAAUAUCUGAUCACAAUAAGAAGGUGCAGAAGCUAUAUGACGAAAUGGAGCAGCAAAUUGAGAGGGAGAAACAAAAACUGCAGCAUGAGAGACACAGAAAUGGAGGGAGACACCAGCAAGGAUCCUCACUCUGCGCAGGAUCCUGUGAAUUUAGAUGAGAUGAUCUUCUCUCAACAGGAGGUGAACAUGGAAUAUAUUCUGAAUGAGGAUAAAAUGGAUAGUUCUAUACAACAGAUAUCUGAUGAGGUGACAUCAAUGACUGAAGCUGAUGUAGAAUCCUGUAGAAGAGUGAUUUCCACUGAAGAGGAUUCUUUGAUAGAGCCUUUUGUAGAUGAAGAUCAAUACUUCCCACAGGAGCCUUCAGAUACAAAUUCUUUGUUUAAAGAGUUGAAUGAGGCUAUUGCAGCACAGAACAAAAUGUCUGGGUCCCAUUAUCAAGAAAUAGAUGAUUUUGGUUUUCAACAAGAGCCCUUGGAUCAUAUUAAAUAUCAUGAAAAUUCUCAACAAAAUAUAAUGCCUCUGUCUCCAAUAAAAGAAUGCUCAACAAACAAAACCGUACAAAAUAGAAUUUCUGAAGGGGCUAUAUCAGAGGCAGGUGGUCGUACACCAGUUCGUGUACAAGUCAGAGAUCUGAAGAUGAAGAGAGCGAAUUUUUCUAAAAUCAGAAAGGAAGUCAAAACUACAGAGCCUACAUUGACAGAAGGGUUUGCUUCCAUGAUUCAACCUUUUGUCUAUUCAGACUUGGCAAUACAAGUCAGUGACUACAAGAAAAGCCCAAUUGAAAGUGGAAUUCUACUUUUAGAAGGGGAAACCCAACCUGAACAUAAGAAGAAAGUUUUAAAAUACAGUAAUACCAUUCAGGUUCCACAGUUAUCCACUGAAGAAGGUGUGGCAAACCAGUCUGCAAAAAUGAAAAUUCUAGAUAGAAAGGUCUCUCAGACUAUGAAAAAUGUGCCAUCAGAGUAUUUUCUGCCCAAGGUGGCUCUACCCAAGUUACCUGCAAAAUAUAAUCCAAGCAGUCAGUUACAGAAUAUGUUUGGACCAGGAACGCGCAUAGAACUUGCUGAAAGGCUAAAGAUGUCCUCAUCAGAAGACAGAAGAAAAAGAUGGAUUGGUCCAUCUGAGUGUAAGAAGAAUCAAGAGGUCAGUGCAGAAUUUAAUGAAGAAACCAGUGUUAGAACAGAAGUUUGUGAUUGCCAGAUGAAUAAAGAAACUUCUAAAGACACGGCCAUUCUGUAUUCUCAUCCAGAUCACUUUUAUAAUGUGCUAUUUGUAGGAGAUUCUAAUGUUGGCAAAACUUCCUUUUUAAACAAGUUGCAAAAUGAUUCUUUUGACGCAAAAGUGACUGCAACUAUAGGAAUAGACUAUCGGAUCAAAAACCUGAUUUUGGAUAGCAAAUGCUUUGCUUUACGUCUGUGGGACACAGCUGGACAAGAAAGAUAUCACAGUGUCACCAAACAGUUUUUCCGAAAGGCUGAUGGAGUUGUUUUGAUGUAUGACAUCACCUCAGAAUACAGUUUUACAGAUGUGCGGUACUGGCUGAACUGUGUCCAGGAAGGAGCUGGAGCUGGAGUCGUCAUCCUUCUGCUUGGUAACAAAAUAGACUGUAGUGUGGAAAGGAGAGUAUCUGUAGCGAAUGGAACAUACUUGGCCAAGGUGUAUGGACUUCCAUUUUAUGAAUGCAGUGCUGCUUCAGGUUACAAUGUCAGAGAAUCCAUAGUACAGUUAGUCAGGUUGAUGAAAACUCAGGAAGACCAAUUAAAAAAGAAGGCUCUAGACUUGCCAGUGCAAGUUAAAAGUAAGAGAAGUUGUUGUUUAUAAAGUGGAAAAGACUAAUGGCUGUUGAUCCUUGCGUCCAUUGCAUGAUUGUCUAUAUCUUGAAUCUGGACUGAAUUCAACUUGUAUAGUUUAAGAAGUUUUGCCACUCAGAUGAAAAUUGAAGAUGGUCAUCACUUUAUAGAUUUCGGACUUUGAGUUAUUCUGGAUUCCUGACCUGUUCUUUCCACUACAGAUUCUGAAACUGUUCUCCAUUGGAAAGUUGCCAAACAAUUAUGAAAUCAGCUCUAUUUCCCCUGCAUUUAGCCAUCUAAUUCAAUAGAUUUGGUUUAGGGUCUGUGAUUUCUAUAGAAAUGCUAUAGGUCACUUACAUUGCUGAUUAAAAUAUAUCUGUUAAAGAGACAAUUAUCUGUGCUCUGCUGUAGGGGAUGACAUGUUGAUUAAAGAGACAGUAUUGAAAACAGUGCCAGUGCUGGGGGGAAAUGUUUAUUUCAUAUAAGUUAUGCAUAUGUUUUGGAUUGUGGAACAAGAACAACAACAAAUACUGGUUUUUGAAAAAAUAAUGGAAGAAGUAUUGCACUUUGAGAUUGGAUGAGGGAACCACCUGUAAUUCUUUACAAAGCUACAAUAUUUAACAUUUUUUUCCUAUGUUCUCUCCCACCCCAUCCCUGUUUAUAUCUGUAUGUCUGUUUCUGUUCACCUAGAGUAAGGGUCUGCAAACGUGGCUCUUUUAAGACUGGUGGACUUCAAGCAAAGUUGGCUGAGGAACUCUGGGAGUUGAAGUCCACAAGUCUUAAAAAGUCAAGUUUGCAGACCCCUGACCUAGAGAAAAUCCCGAAGUGCCUCAUGAAAUUACUGUAUGCUAUCUAAUAGAAAGGCAGGCCUCACAUGAAUCUUACAGAACUAAUAGUCACAAGGAGUUCUGGAAAUGUUGACUACCUGAAUCUCAUGUAGCAGUUAGCUUUUAAUGGUUGUGGCAAGAUGCAACUCCAGUUCUCCAGGCUUCUAGAGCAAUAUUCAUCCCUUGCUCAGUUCAGCAUAUGGCAGUGUAUUUUCAAGCUUGGCAGCUUUAAAAUGAGUGGACUUCAACUCCCAGAAUUUUCAGCCAGCAUGCUGGGAACUGAAGUCGACCCAUCUUAAAGUUGCCAAGUUUCAGAAAUACCAGCAUGUGUUGUCUUUAAUUAAGCUACCCCUCUCUUUCUAUCUCUAAUACAGAGUUUCCUCUGCUUAUUAAUACAAUUUGGUCGGUCUUUUUUGUGAUUCCCAACUGAUGGUAAAGAAGAUUUUAAUGUGUGGAAAGUUAUCUAUAUUUCUUAUUAUUCUGUUCUGCAUAUCAUAUCAUAGUGUGUAUUUUUCUGUUUAUGACAUCCUUGUGCUGACAAAUAUUGGCAUAAGAAUGAUAAAGCAUGCAGGUACUGCACUGCCAUUAAUGUAUAGUAUUUCUUUUAUACUGUACCAAUUUCAUUUUUAAGUAUAUGAUAUCCAUGUACAGCUGCAGUUCACAGACCUUUAAAUAAAGUAUUCUAUUCCCAAUACACAGUUCGGUUUCUUUUCUCCAUAGAAUUUUAAUGAUAUGCAGAGGAGGAGAAGGGGGGAGGGGAGAAACAUGCAGAUUUAUUCUACUCUUGCCAUUGUGUUUUAAUUUGUUUUAAUUUGUUCCCUGCCAUUGGUGUCCUCAGGAUGUGGCUAGAACAGUUAACAUUGUGGCCAUCAAUGGUGGAUUCAAAGCUCUAAGGUGAAGCUUUGCACUUAUUUCCUAGGAACUCUUGGGGAUUUAUUUACUUAUUUUAGGAAAUUUAUAUUGCUGCCUAUUUGCACAUGGCGACACAAGGUGGCUUACAAGAAUAUAAAAACCUCAUAUAUAAAACAAUAAAACUAAUAAGAGAAUAAUCACAUAAUAAAUAAUAUAAUAAUAUAAUAACCCCCUACCAGUGGUGGGUUUCAAAAUUUUUCACUACCGGUUCUGUGGGUGUGGCUUGUGGGCAUGGCAUGGCUUGAUGGGCGUGGCUUGGUGGGCAUGGCAGGGGAAGGAUACUGUAAAAUCUCCAUUCCCACCCCACUCCAGGGGAAGGAUAUUGCAAAAUCUUCAUUCCCUUCCCAAUCCAGGGUAAGGUUACUGCAAAAAUCCCCAUUUCUUCCCGAUCAGCUAGGACUUGGGAGGCAGAGAAUAGAUGGGGGCGGGGCCAGUCAGAAUUUUUACUACCGGUUCUCCGAACUACUCAAAAUUUCCGCUACUGAUUCUCCAGAACUGGUCAGAACCUGCUGAAACCCACUUCUGCCCCCCACCCAUAUAUGGUUCCAAGUAACACCGCCAGCGAGCGAUAUAUUAAUACUAUUAAUCUUCUCAUCGUUCCCAUCACCAAUCUCUUUCCACUUAUGACUGUAUGACUGUAACUUUGUUGCUGGUAAUCCUUAUGAUUUAUAUUGAUAUUGAUUGUUCCUGAUUGCUUAUUUGUACCCUAUGAUUAUUUAUUGUUUUAUUUUAUUUUAUUUAUUUAUUUUUGUCACAACAAUAUAUGUAGGUAUCAUACAAAAAGAUUAUAUAGUAUAUAAACACAUAUAUGAGUAAAUAUAAGGAGGUAUAAGCAUAUAUAUAUAUAGGAAGAAGAAAAGAAAAACAAUAGAACAGGAACGGUAGGCAUGUUUGUGCGCUUAUUAUUAAGUGUUGUAUCAUUAAG